GAAACAUGAAGGUCUAUUUGUAGGUGUGUAGAUAUCAAUGUUAGAUAGGCUACAGAUUGGAGGCAGGCUGUGUUUCAAGCAUCUGCAUGCCCUACUGGUACUCUUCACAGUGAGUGAUGAAUGGGGAUUUUUUAAAGUCACACUUGGAUUGGUUUUCAAUGACAUUUGGAAGAGGAAGAUUAAUUACAAUCCAUACCUCUCCCUUCUGUUUGUAUUUCUAUGUAAUCUUACCUGAUUGUGUUAAACCGUCACAUCAUCCAGGCAUGAUAGGGAGAUUGCAAUUCAGCUUCCACUUCCAGAGGUUUCCAUUUGUACCAUUGUGCAGUCAACUCGGAACAUGGUGCCGUUUGAUACAGUAGACUACGUAAUCAGCCUUGGGCUUGUGAGGCAUUGGCAAUGAGUUUUUAGCAGACGACAGGUUUUUCAUUUAACUGUGAGGUCAACUUUGACAAGAACGCAGAUUAAAUUGUUAUGAGAUAUGCUUCUGAAAAUCAGAACACCAAGUAUAUGGCCAAGGAAGGAACAAGUUAUUUGAAAUUUUUAAGCAUUGCAACAGCUCUUUGAAGAUGUGUUGAGAGCACUGCGCUUCAAUCUCUGUGCUAGAGCUAUGCUCAACACCACGCCCACUCAAGCAUUUAGCAAGACAAGCCUAAGACAUUUUCCAAACAGUACUGUUUUAACAACAUGGAGUGCAGAAUUGCAGACUACUGACUCAUUUGGUAAUGUUUUUGUUGUGAAUACAUCUUUUGUCAAUGACUCUUUGGUGGGGUUCAGCACAUUGGAUUUGGACAAUAAAUCGAAUACUGGCAGAAGCAAUAUUAGUCAUCAACAGGAAUUUGGUUCUCUGGAACAACAGAUCGCUGGGAUUGUUUUACUGGUGUUUGCAGUAGUUGCAGUUGUAUUGAACAGUGCCAUUUUAAUGGCAGCAAAAUUCACAACAGGAGGCCGGAGUCCCACACUUAUCUUCAUACGCAGUUUGUGCGUGGCGGACAUUUUGGCUGGCGUGUUUGGUAUCACCAAACAUUUUUUCAUCCAGUUUGGUGAGGUUGGCAAAAACAAUCUUUUCCUUGGAGAAAGUGUGCUGUUUUGUUCCAUGGUUGCUUCCUGUUGCAUGGUGCUGGGACUGUCUUGGGAAAGCUAUCUGCGCAUAGCUUACCCGUUAGAAUAUGUGAAACAUAUACAGAAACACAUUGUGAUAGGAACUGUAGUAUUCUCGUGGAACUGUGCCUUCGUCUUCGGAUUUGCACCUCAGAUGGGGUGGAGCAACUCGGAGAAUUACUCCUCUGAAAAAUUCUAUGAAUUCUAUACCUAUUCUUACUUGAUCUCAUUCGUAAUUGCCUAUUUUGUGUUUAUACUGAUUACUGUGGCAUUGCAUUUGAAAAUUAGUGCCUUAGUGAGGCAACUACAGAAGACUGACCAUCACUUGGCUCAGUUUAGUAGAGAAUGUAGGCGGAGUAUUAAAUUUGUCAAACUGACAGUGGGAAAUGCAAUUAUUUUAUUUAUAUCCUAUACGCCAUUGCUCAUGUAUAUACUGUUACGCGUUGCUACCAAUUUUUCUGGUUUGACAGAAACUAUUCAUCUCUAUCUAUAUCCAGGGGUUUUGUUGAAGUCUGUGGCUUCACCAUUACUAAAUGGCGUAAACAUCAAACAAAUCCGCCAUGUUUUGGCCGACUGCUGCCUAAGACUUAUUCUGAGACGUUUCACUGGAACUAGUCUGCAACAUCGGAAAUUCCAUCAGAAUUCCUCAUCGUCCUCAGCCUCUUUAUCCAUUGUCAGUCGCAAAAGUUCCACACAAGAGCACACAAGUACUCAUUCAAAUGGAAAAGCUGGCAGCAGCAUAUACACCAUACCUCACUGCGAUAGUUAUAAUGAAAACAUUGAAGGUGAUGGCAUAUUGACUAAUGGUCGGAUGAGGUCACAAAGUUUAUGUUUAUCCUGUGAUAGGCCAAAUCCUAAUCGUCUGCAGGUUUCGCAACACAGAUGCUGCCAUCGUUCUGUGUCAAACGGUACCUUGCAGACUGAAGUAUCACUUAGCAGUUCAGGUAGUGAUAUUGGCGCAGCUUUGUCAAUAGCAGUACCAGAACAGUUGAGUGGAAAAGACAGCUAUGAAAAGGGGUUAAGACGGAACAAGAAACAUCACUCUUCUGACAACAGUAUUCAGUCGUAUGCUCCAAAAAUAAAUAGUUCCAAAUUAGGAUCUGUAGAUAAGUUACCAGUUCACGGGACCAAUUCAGAUAGUGCGUCAUAUAAUAAGUCGUCUCGCCCCAAGCGUAGGGUCAGUUUUUCUGACCUGCUUUCUUACCAGGGAGAUUCCACAGUUAUAGUGCACAAAACUCUGGCAUCUGCUUGUAGUAACUUACCCCUAACAAGUAAUGAAAUCAUAGAAGAGACUCCGCUUUAGUGGACAGGUUGUCUUUCAGGUUGCUUGAAAAAUUUUAUUUCCAUUUGCAAUGUAUUGUGGGUAAUAUCUGAAAAAAGGUAAUCUUAUUUCCCAAAGCAGUGCUUUGUUAAUGACACCUUCAGAGGACAUCACAGAAGUUCUUAUAAGCUAAAGAUUUAGGAUCUUUAUAGUAUUACUUUUUGCAAAUGGGAGGCAAAGAGGACUUUAUAGAGAUGGAGCAUUGAGAUUAGUGUGGUGUUUGUCCAUGAAUUAAGCCUUUUUUGCAUUGUACAGUCCACUUCAGUGAUACAGCUGCUGUACCAGGCCUACCCAACUACCAGACUUGGCACCAAAUGAUCCCAAAUUCACCGGUAGAUCGGACCCCGUUUUUGAGGUGUGUGCCAGUACGCAUUUCACAGUAUUGUACGCCGGAACAAAUAUUGAGAUAAGAUGCACUACUUUCUAACCCUGCUGAGAAUCAUUACUAUCACAUCACGUACUAGGCAAGAGCAGUGCCGCGUCUGAUACUUUGAAGCGCAUAUUGAUGCACACCUUGAAAACGGGUAGUGUGGUCCGAUAUAUGGGUGAAUUCAGGAUCAUUCAGUGCUGAGCCGGGUAGUUGGGUAGGCCUGUGUACUAAUGCAUUUUGAGAGAUUGACAUCUACAAAAGAGAGCCCUCUGAAAGGAGUUCUCAUGCUCAAUAUGUCCAGUUAUAAACUUAAAGGUACUUUAUACUGAAUUUACCCACAAAACAAUUUUCUCCUACUCACAAGUCAUUGUUCAUCUCUGCAUUUGGUUUUGAUGUUUUAUUCCAGUUAAAAUUAAAUGAUUUAGUUCUAAAUGACUUUCAUAAAUGACUAAAUUUUCAAGCACGUACACUGCACCUUGAAGUAAGAGCAAUGAGGGCACUGAGGUAGAACUUGUGCAGCGUAAUUACAUGUUAACACCUCUCAAAACGUUACAGUACAGCUGCGUCACUCAGGUAUACAUCUCAGUGUGUAAAGGAGAAAGAAUCCUUUUGGAUAUUUUAGACAAAACAUUUCAUGAAAAUAAGUGAAAAGAAAUGAGGACAGAAGUUUGAAAAAUGAUUAUAUGCAAUUUGUGACAGUACUAAAAGAUGAGAGCAUUAUAUAUGACCAAAUUGUAAAGAAUACAUAUUUAUUUUGAUUUAUUUCAAGUGUUUGCUUUUCUGUCUGUGUGGAUAUGAGCUGGGCAUUUACUAUGCCACUUAAGCAGAGCUGAUAUUUUCUUAACUAAUCAUACACAAAUUUCAAAAUUUUGUAUGUA